UUAUAUUAAUCAUAAAAAUCACCCGGUUGAAUCACAUCUACAAAAUAUUUCUCACAUUAAUGUUCUUAGAUCCAUAGUUAUGGCCCCAUCAUUUGCAAGUUCAAGAAAACCCAUACCUAAUGAAGGCGCAGACCUAACUAAUCAACGACACUUGGACCGGCUUGCCCAAAGUAAAUUAAAGCAGGAACAGGAAGCACUUGAGCUUCGCAAGAUAGCGGAUGAAGAGUAUAGGAAGUAUUAUUCGUUCAGUUUGAAUAUAGUAGGAAUUGGUCUUGGUGCAGUUCUACUUAUCCUGUUUGCAAUGAUAGCAUAUCAGAUCCGUCAUGAAGUUACUGUUUAAUGUUUCCCAAUUACAUCUUAGGCUGGUCCAGUAAUUAUAAUAAUAAAGAUUAAUUGUUACGUUAUUAUAUAGUUUCUUUAAUAGUUACAUGAAUUGAUGGUAAUAAGGUUAUU